GGAGCAGUCGACCAACCCUCUACCUCUGCCCUGCAUUCAGUCACGACUUUGCUCGCGCAACCCUUCUAUCUUCGCUCGUCUUCACCCACAAUGCCAUCCACACCUGACCUCAUGGAGCAGGACCCAGCCUCUCUUUUGCGAUUCCGACGACCCUCUUCCGACGACUCGCGGGGUUCGUCCGAAGCGACACGUUCACCUGCCCCUCCCGUAAUCGUUGUUGAUUCGGCCCCCGAAAGAGAUAGCACACCACCAGUCCCCAAAUCCCCGCCUGCUUCCCCAGGUCCUCCUUCCCCCAGAUCACUGACCGUGGACGAGGAAACGAAGAACCACAAGGAACGCUGGGUGCGCGAGUGGCCUAGCGAAGCGCACGCCUUGCGCGACAUGGAAUAUAUAUGCCUCCGCGAUAUUCUCGGCCAGAUUCAUGAUUGCAAGCGAGGAAGGAAUUGUCCUGCCGUUUUUCAUAUCUGUCGGGACUGGUUUUGGCGCAAAGGCGAGAAGACUUGCAAUCACAAAUUCCGCAUGCACCUCGACGCAGAGGAGAAUCUAGUAGUACAUGUCCCGACAUUCUGCACGUCACUGUUGAGAAAUGGGAAAUGUCAGCGCGGUGAGGGACAAUGCCAGUACGUUCACAUUGGGGAGGAUAUGGUGCGGAGGAGGUUGGCGGAGAAGAACAAGGCGAGGGAAGCUGAGGCGCGCGCUUGGGAGGAAGAACGCGAAAAGAAUCGACACUGA